AUGCCAGUUUGCACAUCCUGUCACCAAACCAAAAACGACGAAGCCUUCUUUCACAAGAACAAAAAGUGGAAGACAUGUCAAACGUGCAUUGAACAACGCGCAGCCAAGAAAGCUAAAACCAAGAGAAAGAGGGAGGAAGAAAGCUCAGUCGCUCCUACCGCUGAGGAAGAAGCACCACGUGUCGCUUUGCGUACUGUCGCCUUGAUGGAAUUGUCGGAUUUAAUAGCGAACGAGCUUCGUGAAUUGUCUUCCACUCCAGCGCCCUAUAAUCAAGACGGGUCGCAGACUCUUGCUUUUAAUUUGAGAGUCUCGUUGAACUUGACUGGAGUGAUCACUGGAACUGAAAAUCCUAAAGAGGUUGCUCGAUGGAUAGUGGAAGAAAUCGAACGGGCUGACGAAUUCAAUUGGACUCAAUCGAUGGUAGCCAUGAAGGAGUAUAAAGAAGGAUCAAAUAGGAAACGAAUGGAGCGUUUUCCAUGCCAAGGAAAAAUGCAAAUGAAAAUCGAUAUACCAGCCGGCGAGGCGAUGUUAGAGAUUCAACACGGUUUACUUCAUAGUCGACCGGUGAUCACCACUGAGAUCAGUGAUGAAUGUCGAAAAGAGAUUGAAGAAAAUCUUAAUCUGCCACCAAUUCAACUUCGGUCAUAUCUUCGCACGAAAGGAGUUUUAAAGAAUUACACGCCUAAACAAAUUCAUACAUAUUGGGAACGUGUAGCCGCGAUGAAAAAUCCCACAUUACUUGCUCAAUAUAAUGCUGGUCUUGCACCAACUCUUCCCGGUGACUAUACGAUUAUGACCGCAGCAAUGAAUAAUUACACGGGAAAUAUCGUUAGUAUAAAUCCGAUAUCUGCUGAUGUUCCGAUGGUUCCUAAUCUCCAAAAACAAAUUAAAUUUGAUCAUGAUGAAUUCGUCGAAUACGCUGCAAAGAUGGAACAAUUCUCGAAACGAGUGAGGGAUCAGUUAGAACGUGGAAAUUAUCUUUGGUUGGAUACAGUGAAAAUAUUGACGGCGGGUGUAAUUGAAAUGGAAAAUGACAUAGAAGAAUUGGAACGACAACGAGCGAAUGAACGAGGCACUAAACCGUGGACAAUGCACUAUAAAUAA